AUGUCGUCCAGUAACAUCGACCAUAUGUCCAUCCUCGCCCCUGAAAAGCACUUCGAGCCUCUUGUCGAAUGGUAUAAGAAGGCUCUUUCACCACUAGGCUACAAGGAAAUCAUGCGGUUCCCUGGUAUGGUCGGACUGGGCAGCGAGUUUCCUGACUUCUGGAUCACCCAGAAGGAGACGCCGAUUCCGUCGGGGUUUCAUUUUGCCUUUUCUGCUCCGAACCAUGCUGCUGUCGAUGCUUUCCACAAGGCUGCGGUCGACGCUGGGGGCACCAGCAAUGGCAAGCCUGGGUUGAGACCAGAGUAUCAUGAGCAUUACUAUGGGGCAUUUGUUUUGGAUCCAAUUGGAAAUAAUGUGGAGAUGGUUAUCCAUUGUCCCGCCGAAGACCAGAAGAAGUAG